UCGCUCACUGCGGUCGGGAGGUUGGAAACCAACACGACAUUAAAAGACAUACAUACUAGACACUGAAGAAGAGUCCAAUUCCUCUAGAAACUCGCUGUCAAAAGACGAAUAUUAUCAAGAUCCUUAUCGAAUAGGACAAUAUAACGGAGGAAAGAUGAAUCAGUUAGAGCUCUCAGUGCAGUAUGAAAAUGGAUACGAACAGGACGAGUAUAUGCUGCCGGAGGAGGAAUGGGACCGGGAUUUACUGCUGGAUCCAGCAUGGGAAAAACAGCAACGGAAGACCUUCACAGCCUGGUGUAACUCUCACCUGAGGAAGGCUGGCACACAGAUUGAGAACAUAGAAGAAGACUUCAGGAAUGGCCUCAAAUUAAUGCUACUGCUUGAAGUUAUCUCAGGUGAGAGGUUACCCAAGCCUGACAGAGGAAAGAUGCGUUUUCACAAGAUAGCUAAUGUGAACAAAGCCCUUGAUUUCAUCACCAGUAAAGGAGUAAAACUGGUCUCUAUCGGAGCUGAAGAAAUUGUGGAUGGUAAUGUGAAAAUGACUCUUGGAAUGAUUUGGACUAUCAUCCUUCGCUUUGCCAUCCAGGAUAUCUCUGUGGAAGAAACUUCCGCAAAAGAAGGACUUCUACUAUGGUGUCAGAGGAAGACCGCUCCCUAUAGGAAUGUUAAUGUUCAAAACUUUCAUGUCAGCUGGAAGGAUGGAUUGGCGCUGUGCGCUCUCAUCCACAGGCACAGGCCUGACCUUAUUGACUACGCCAAGCUCAACAAGGAUGAUGCACUGGGUAAUCUGAAUCUGGCAUUUGACAUUGCUGAAAAACAUCUGGACAUCCCCAAAAUGUUGGACGCAGAGGAUAUUUUGAACACCCCUAAGCCAGAUGAAAGAGCUAUUAUGACAUAUGUGUCCUGCUUCUACCAUGCAUUUGCUGGAGCUGAACAGGUACUGAGUGCUAGAAUGAGAAAAGCAGUUAGAUAUUUGUCUUACUCCACUCCCUCCACUACUAUCAUUCUUCUAUCCUUCUAUUCUUACUGUUUUUCUCACCUUCAGGCUGAAACUGCUGCUAACAGGAUCUGUAAGGUGCUUGGAGUAAAUCAGGAAAAUGAGAAGUUGAUGGAAGAUUAUGAAAGACUUGCUAGUGAGCUGUUGGAGUGGAUCAGACGUACCAUUCCCUGGCUGAAGAACCGUGUGCCAGAGAAGACCAUGGUGGAGAUGCAGCGGAAACUGGAGGAUUUCAGGGAUUACCGCAGGAUGCACAAACCACCCAAAGUGCAGGAAAAGUGUCAGCUGGAGAUCAGCUUCAACACCCUUCAGACUAAACUCCGCAUCAGCAACCGGCCUGCCUUCAUGCCCUCUGAGGGCAAAAUGGUGUCGGACAUAGCGAGUGCGUGGCAGGGGCUGGAACAGGCUGAGAAGGGCUAUGAAGAAUGGUUGCUGACUGAAAUCCGGAGACUGGAAAGAUUGGACCAUCUGGCAGAGAAAUUCAGACAGAAAGCUACCAACCAUGAGAGCUGGGCUGCAGGUAAGGAGGAGAUGUUGACACAGAAGGAUUAUGAGUCUGCAUUACUAAUGGAAGUUCGAGCUUUGCUGCGGAAACACGAGGCAUUUGAAGGUGACCUUUCCACCCAUCAGGACAGAGUCGAGCAGAUCGCUGCUAUUGCUCAGGAGCUCAAUGAGCUGGAUUAUCAUGAUGUGGCAUCAGUGAAUCAAAGAUGUCAAAGUAUCUGUGAUCUCUGGGACCAACUGGGCACACUCACCCAGAAACGCAGAGAGGCAUUGGAGAGGACAGAGAAGCUUCUGGAGACAGUGGAGCAGUUGUUUCUGGAAUAUGCAAAGAGAUCUGCACCCUUCAAUAACUGGAUGGAGGGAGCCAUGGAAGACCUGCAGGACAUUUUUAUAGUGCACACCAUUGAGGAGGUCCAGAGUCUGUUAGCUGGUCACGAGCAGUUUAAAGCCACUCUUCCUGAGGCAGAUGCAGAGAGGCAGGCCAUACUCGGCAUUCAGCAGGAAGUUCUGAAGAUCUCAAAGAGUUACGGUAUCCAUGCAGAUCUCGCCAACCCCUACAGCACCAUAAAUACCGAAGAGAUCGCCACUAAGUGGGACAAGGUGAAGAAUUUGGUUCCCCAGCGUGACAGUGCACUACAGGAAGAGUUAGCCCGACAGCAUGCUAAUGAGAGGCUCAGACGCCAGUUUGCAGCCCAGGCCAACCUCAUCGGACCCUGGAUACAGACCAAAAUGGAGGAGAUUGGCCGUUGUUCUGUGGUGGUGGGUGGGACUCUGGAGGAUCAGAUGACCCAGCUGAAGCAGUAUGAGCAUGUGAUUGUGAGCUACAAACCCAACAUUGACAGACUGGAGGGAGAUCACCAACUCAUCCAGGAGUCACUUAUCUUUGACAACAAACACACCAGUUACACCAUGGAGCAUAUUCGUGUUGGAUGGGAGCUCCUCUUGACUACUAUUGCUCGCACUAUUAAUGAAAUUGAGACCCAGAUUCUGACACGCGAUGCAAAGGGCAUCAGCCAGGAACAGAUGAACGAAUUCCGCUCCUCCUUCAACUACUUUGAUCGGAAGAAGAAUGGUGUGAUGGAUUCUGAUGACUUUAGGGCCUGUCUGAUCUCAAUGGGCUAUGAUCUGGGUGAAGUGGAGUUUGCUCGGAUCAUGAUGCUUGUUGAUCCCAACACAACAGGUGUUGUGUCGUUCCAGUCCUUCAUUGACUUUAUGACUAGAGAGACAGCGGACACAGAUACAGCUGAACAGGUCAUCGCCUCCUUUAGGAUUCUCGCUACAGACAAGACGUAUAUUCUGGCAGAUGAGUUGAGGCGAGAGCUUCCACCAGACCAGGCAGAGUAUUGUAUUAGCAGGAUGCCCCCAUACACCGGUCCCGGGGCCCUGAGCGGAGCCCUGGACUACACCGCCUUCUCCACUGCCCUCUACGGAGAGAGUGACCUUUAACAUCAACACCUGAGCUUGACUUUUGACCUUAAAAAUCCAACUGCACAGAGCGGAUCCAAUGCACCAAAGAAUUAAAACAUGCAUGAAAGUUACAUUAAAUAAACAUUAAUUUUCAAAUUCACAGUGGAUAUUGUUUUUUGCUUGUUGGUAGAUAAGAAAUGGUUUAUAAAAAAACAAAAAAACAAAUCAUUAUUAAAUAAACCCUUUGGAAUUAAGUAAAAAAGGAAUCAAUAAAGAGAAAAUUUUGCCAUGUAGCUGCAAGUUCAUACAUUUUACAUUCACUUUGUUCCUACUAAAUUUGUGGAAUGGAAUAAUGAUUGUACUGUCAUUCAUGUAUUGCUUUUGGUCAUAUACAGCGACAAUUGAAAUACAGAUGUCACUGUAAUAUUACUUUAUAUUAGGUUGAAAAAAAAUCAAUAGUUGCAUCGAUAAUACACAUUUUAGUUAUGCAAUUUGCUUUAUUCAAGUAUUUUGUUUUGAAUCAAACCAAUUGUGUUUGGUAGUGCUAAACCCACAAUAUGUUAGAUUUUGCACAUUAUAUUACUCCAAAAUUGCUAUGGUUAAAUGAGAUUAUCCAACAACCAUGGGAUGAUCUGGUUUUCCAUUAAUCUGCCCUGGUAAUAUCUCUCAAAAUAUCCAGAAUGGAAUUCUAAAAUAGCUGGAAUUUUGUUGAGGUGAUCAUUAAAGGAUAUUUUCCCAGAUUAUCAAAGGGAUAUUUCCUGCAGUCAGCAUAUUCAAAAUAUUGUAUUUCUUUUUUUUUUUUUCUGAAUAAACUCAUCUAACAGAUUCUUCCACAACAUACAGUAGUUAUCACCUCAUUCCUGUUGCUACAGUGCCUGAUUUCAUAUGCAGCAAUAAUUCAUAAAGUAAGGAGAGAAGGCAUGUGUCAGGAUAAGGGCACUGAAUACUCAGUUUAUUUUAUGUGAAAUUUUGAAUAUUGCUGUUGUUUAAACAUUUUCAUCAACUCAAGUUGUUAGUGCAAUCUACAGCUAAACUAUACCACUUGAGGAUUACAAAAACAACAUGUGUUUUGUUGCAAUACAUUUUUUGGGACUUUAUUGGAAGUAUUCGAUUUAAGUCUUCCAGGUUUGAUUGUCUUCAUGUUUGAAAUGUUUGGGAUAUAAAAGCUUUAAUGCCAGACAUUUAAUUGUCAGGUAAACUUUAAUUUCAAAAGGUCACACUAGUGGCAUGAACUGUGACACUGUGUCGUGAUUUUGCAUUUCGAUUUGAUUUCUGGAGAAAUUGUUAACACAAAAUUACUUUUAAUGCACAGCAAAGAAGAUUACUUGUGAAUGACUUUGGUUUUAAAUUACUAUGAGCAAGAAAGCCAAAUAUAUGUGUUUUACAUUGGCAUAAAUUAAACUUGAAUAAUUUAAUAAA